ACGUUGUCCUGCUCUUCUUUACGUCACCAAGCGUUAGCAGGAAGCCCUGAAACCAAGGCUUCAACAUGGCGGAAUACACACAUCCACAGGGCGAAGAAGCUACUGAGGUGAUGCCAGAGCUCUCUUGCGACGAUGAUGACAACACUGAAGAUGAUGAAGAACAGUGGCAGUGGAUGGAGGAAGACAGUCAGCAAGUUGCUUGUCUGUUUUGUGACAGGCUGCUGAGUUCUGUGCCUGCCACCCUGCAGCACUGCACAGCUGAGCACCACGUCAACCUUGUAGACAUAAUAAGGAAACACAAUUUAGAUAACUAUGGUUAUAUAAAGAUGAUCAACUUCGUACGGUCAACAAAAUGUGAGCCAUCAUGUCUGACCGGGCUGCCAGAUGCUCCUUUACCCUGGGAGAGCGAAGACUUCCUGCGGCCGGUCCUACAGGACGACCUCUUGCUGCAGACAGACCCUGAGGAGCUUUGUGACAAUGAGGGGUUGAGGGUGUUAGCGUGCCCGCUGUCUGGGGCUGAAUCCCAUGAUGCUCUGCUGCAGAGGGCACGGACCAUGGAGGAGAGAGCUCUUCGCUCAGAAGAGGCGCUGGCCAGAGCCAUGGAUGACCUGCACAAACUGAAGCUGCUGGCUCAGGGGUUGGUGCUGAACACAGAAAGUAGCAGAUCUAGUAACCUGGGCAGUGUGGCAGAGCUCCGAGAAGAUGAGGACGAAGCCUACUUCAGCUCCUACAGCCAUUAUGGCAUUCACGAGGAGAUGCUGAAGCCUCAGGAGGGGCCGAGAACACGUGAUGGGAGCUUUGCGGUAGAAUGUGGUCAACUCUUUGAAGUGCAUCACCUACGUAUGACGCACUCUGCGAGAAAAGUGCGCACAGAGAGUUACCGUGACUUCAUGUACAGCAACCCAGAUGUGUUCAAAAACAAGGUGGUGCUUGAUGUGGGCUGUGGGACUGGUAUACUGUCCAUGUUUGCUGCCAGAGCUGGGGCCAAGGAGGUUAUAUCAGUCGACCAAUCAGAUAUCAUCUAUCAGGCCAUGGACAUAGUCAGGUCCAACCACCUGGAGGACAAGAUCACUCUGAUCAAAGGCCGCGUGGAAGACAUCAGCCUCCCUGUGGAGAAGGUGGACAUCAUCAUCUCAGAAUGGAUGGGUUACUUCUUGCUGUUUGAGUCUAUGUUGGACUCAGUCCUGUAUGCAAGAGACCGCUACUUGGCGGAUGGUGGCUCAGUCUAUCCAGACCUUUGUAACAUCAGCCUGGCAGCAGUGGGAGACACAGAGAAGCACCAAGACCAUAUUGGAUUCUGGGAUGAUGUCUAUGGCUUCAACAUGAUGUGCAUGAAGAAGGCUGUGGUGCCUGAGGCGUUGGUGGAAGUGGUGAAAGCAGACACCCUCAUCUCUGAUCCCACAGUCAUACAGACAUUUGACUGCAACAGAGUGAGUGUGUGUGAGCUGGAGUUUGCGACAGAUUUCUACUUGAAGAUAAAAAACACUACAGACUGCACGGCAAUUGUCGGCUACUUUGACAUAUUCUUUGACAAAGAUUCCAGCAACAAGGUGACCUUCUCCACGGGGCCUCAGGUCACAAGGACACACUGGAAACAGACUGUCUUCCUACUGGAGAGGCCUGUAUCUGUCCAAGCAGGGGAGGAGCUCCAGGGAAAGAUCACGGUGCGUAAAAACAAGAAGGAUCCCCGCUCACUGUUGGUCACCUUUGACCUCCGAGACAGAAAGCAGACUUACAGCCUGCAAUAGCGGCUGCCAUCACACGGUGCAACAUUCAGCUGAUAUGGCCCACGUUUUUUACUGACCACUCAUGUGUUCACAACAUGGGAGUAGUUUAGACAUAAACUCUUGAUUUUGAUGUUUCAAAUGUUAGGAUUGAGCCCUGUGAUGGACUAUAAGCAGUAUAGAUAAUGGAUGGAUGUAUAGAUGGAAAGGUUUGGAUUGUUUCUGUGUCUUGUAAUAAAGAAAUAAAUAAAACUGCAUGAAAUUUU